AUGUCUUCCACAUCUUCCAAAUCGCGGGCUCUCGUUGUGGAAUCGGGUUCGUCAUCCGAGACCGAUGUUCACUUUUUGCAAAACGCGGUUCAAUGGAUGGACGACACGGCAAACUCUAACGACGUUCAACACCGUAGAUACGUCAAUCGAGAACGUGAAGUCGGUCAUCAAAAACUACUAAAUGAUUGGUUUGUUGACGCACCAAAAUACGACGAUGCUUACUUUCGAAAAAAGUAUCGUUUGAAGAAAACCAUGUUUUUAAAAAUUGUCGACGACAUCCAAGCAAAUUUUCCAUAUUUACAAGAGGGGUUCGAUGCGCGUAGGAGAAGAAGCUUCAGGACGAUCCAAAAAGUGUGCUCGGCGGUACGUCAACUCGCUACGGGCAAUGCGCCCAACGAGUACGAUGAGUACUUGCAUAUGGCCGCUCGAACCGGGCCCGAGUGUCUUGUCCAUUUUUGUGAUGCCAUCAUUAAGUUGUAUGGUCGAGAGUACUUACGUAGGCCUACUCAACACGACGUUGCUCGCAUUUUCGAGGCACACGAACAACACCAUCACAUGCCGGGGAUGCUUGGUAGCAUUGAUUGUACACACGUCGAGUGGUUAAAUUGUCCUAGACACUUGAGAGGACAAUAUACGAGAGGCGACCAUGGCGUUCCCACUAUUAUGCUUGAGAUCACCGCUUCUCAAGAUUCGUGGAUUUGA